AAUGGUGUCCAACAGGGGACAGUAACAAAACUUACCUCUUAUAAUGAAAAUAGUCUUGGUAAGUAUACGGUUUUAGGCUGCGUUUUUUGUCUCAGAGACCUGUCACAUAACGCUUUAACAGCCAGACAUGUCGAGCGAUAACACGACCGAUAAUGAGACGGGGGGUUUCGCUAAAGGAGACCAGGAGAAGAGGGAGGUGGGACUGCCUUUGUGCAAACCAGUUUCGGAAAACAGCACAGCAUCUGACAAGUUUCUCCAGGUGGAGCUGGAGCUGAACGUCCACCUCGGUCGCCUGGUGUUUGGAGAGCCUGUCCACUACAUUUACAACCCCCUGGAGUACGCCUGGGACACACACCACUGCUACGUGAAGAAGUACUGUCACGGUGGACAGAGUGUCCUCUUUUUGGGGAUGAACCCUGGACCUUUCGGCAUGGCUCAGACAGGGGUCCCCUUCGGUGAGGUCAGCUCAGUCCGUGAUUGGCUCAAGAUAACAGGAGAGGUCGGUCACCCCGCUGACGAGCAUCCAAAGCGGCGUAUCACGGGCCUCGCCUGUACCCAGAGUGAAGUGAGUGGCGCACGUUUCUGGGGCUUCUUCAGAAAGCUGUGUGGCGAGCCGGCUGUGUUCUUCCGCCACUGCUUUGUGCACAACCUGUGCCCGCUCAUUUUCAUGGCUGCCAGUGGCAAGAACCUGACCCCGCCUGAGCUGCCCGCAGGGGAACGUGAGGCCCUGCUGGCCCUCUGUGACACCGCACUGUGUCAGGCAGUGGAGGCGCUGGGUGUCACCAUGGUGAUCGGAGUGGGGAAGGUAGCAGAGCAGCGGGCGCGGCGAGCUCUCUCCGCAGCAGGUAUUAAGGUCAGAGUCGAGGGCAUCAUGCACCCGUCCCCAAGGAACCCUCUGGCUAAUAAGGGCUGGGAAGGAGUAGCCAAAGCCAAGUUGGCAGAACUGGGUGUCCUGUCACUGCUAAGCAACACGUGAUUUAAUUGGCCUGCUCUGACACUUGCUUCAUCAACAGCAGUGUUUGUAGCGCACGAGCUCUGGCGGUCGAUCAGGAUAUGAGGUGUUGCCUUAAUGGGUGACUCACUGAACUGCUGUCCUUAGCAAGUUCACAUUUCACCUCUGAACUCCAUGAGGUGACAACUCUGUCUGUCUAAGCAAACAGUCCCCUGCUCUGAAAAGGCUGGUGCCAACAUGACGAGUACAGCCCUAUACACAAAUUCCCUCCAGCUCUGCCUUUACAAAUUGCCGUUUUCUUGAUCUGGCAUUAUUGCAUUUCCAGGAUUGUCGUUUCUUAUGUUGUCUGUCUGUAUCUACCUCUGCAUUUUGAGAUGGGUUUCCUGCAAGGUACAGUGGGACGGUGUAGCUUUGUGCAUGGAGUACAGCACUUUCACUGUACUGUACACACUAAUGGUACUGUAAGAGGUGUCAUAUACAUGUGACAACUCAGGAUGCUCAUGAAUCAUCCGUCUUCUUUGUAAGUUAAUCACAUCAUUCAAACUUAUUAAAUCAUCAGUCAUUGCGGUGCAUUUAAUCUCAAGUAGAGAUGGUAUUCUUGAGAGGAAGUCCUGUAGUCAUUGUCCAAAGGCCCAUGAGUAUCUCUAAUGUGUAAUUUACCUAAAAAGAAAAAGGUAGUUAAGACUUUGCAGCGUAUAUCAAUGUGAUCUGGCUGCGGUUCCCAAAUAAAGAAUUCAGUUCAGCACACUCCUACUAAAAUGCAAAUAAUCAAAUUCAGUUUGUAGUGCUCUUUUAAAUUGUCAGCUCAGCUCAGGAAAAAACAAUUAACAAACACACAUGCACUUUGCAGACAUCUGGAGAUUAGUGUUCAGAGAUAAAUACGCUAGUAUGAUGAAGAAACUUCUCAAAAUAUGACUCCAAGUCACUCUUGUGGACUGCUGUGCUGUUAUUGAGUAUCAUUUUUGUAAUUUGUUUGUAUUGCUAUCAGUUAUUUUGAUGAUGUGUUUUAUUCAUUUACUUUUUGAUACACUACUGUUUUACCUACUACUCUUUUGGUUACAUUGGAAUUACACUGCACAAGUGUAAAGGUUAA